GGGGCUUGACUCCGCUGACCUUGAUGUUUGCUCAUCCAUAUCGGGCGCACGGCAUGCUCCGAGUGCACGUGAUCGGACCGAGUGCAGGACUGCCGAGCCUUGAUGGAACUUUUUUCUCAGCCUCCUUAGGCAUGACCACACGUCGCCUUCGCUUCCCCCUCCUACGCUCCCCCGAUGCUCAGUUGUCGCGCCUGUCUCUGGCGAUGCAUUCGAGCACUCGACACGACUAGUCCUAGCCUCCAACGACUGCGUCGCGAUGUCGCAAUCUUGCCCUUUUGCAGGUUGCAGAAGGCCGCCAUGCGCACCGAGGCUCGGAGCAGCAUCCGCAGGGUAGCAGGUCGGCCUGAGUACGUUCCAGGAGCGGACAAAUUGGCUGGAAGGAAAGAAGACCCAUGGAAGAAGUCAACACAAGCCGCAGGAUUGAAGAAAAAGGAAAGAAAAGGCUUGACGAGGCAGCCUGCGCCCACCAAACAAAUCAAUCGAAUUGGGGUCCAAGUCUCAAGGAAGGUCGGGCGUCGCGACCCCAGUAUUUCUUCGAAGGACUGGCGCAGUCGUAAAAUGGAGCUCCAGUAUAUCACGGAUCCAUUAGAGCUGGCAGAUUUCGUCAAGAAAGAGCUAAACAAAGAUAAGACAGCGGAGAUGCUGCAGCUGGUGAGGAUGGCUAGUAAUUCGAUGCAAUGUAUUGUCAGUUGGAAUCAUAUCAUCGACUAUUACCUCAUCAAGGGCUGGGUCAGCCGAGCAGUGAAGAUUUAUAAUGAGAUGAAGAAGCGCGCCCAAUUUCCUGAUGCGUACACUUAUACAAUUCUCCUCCGCGGACUAGCUGCCAAUGCGCAUGAAUCAGGUGCUAUGGAAAAGGCGCUGUCUAUCUACCAUUCCCUUUCCACGCCCAAUUCCAGAGUCCAGCCAUCCAUCAUACAUACCAAUGCGAUGUUGAAGGUCUGCGCUAGGGCGGCAAAUAUGGAUGCACUUUGGGGUGUUGCCGCAAAGGUACCAGAAAACGGUCCAGGGGCCGCAACUCCUGUGACAUUCGUGACCAUUCUGAACGCGAUCCGACAGAGCUUACUUGUCAAUGUGCCCGUAGGAGAGACCGAGGAACAGGUGGCUAGGCGCAGAGAAGAAGGUAUUAUGCAAGGACGACGCAUAUGGGAAGAUGUUAUUGGAAAGUGGCGGAACGCAGACCUGGUCAUCGAGGAAGAGCUUGUAUGUGCCAUGGGAAGACUUUUACUUAUAGGCACUCGACCUCGGGAUUGGGAUGAUGUCCUCUCACUGGUCGAGCAGACUAUGGAUAUCCCUCGUCUCGUGCCCCGUUUAGGAUCACCUGCACGUAAGCAGUCAGGUGUUCCCAAUCUCCGCGCCCCAAACGUCCCGGAAGAGUAUCGUGUUGAACAUCAUCACCUUGGCCCCUCGAACGAACCUCCUCGGGGGGGUGAAUUCCUUCCGAUCGUCGCCCGGGGAAUAGGCAGUGCCGUGUCAAAUCCUCUAUCCUAUGCCACUCCUUCCAACAGCACACUUUCCCUUGUACAAGAAGCCUGUCAGAAGAUUGUAGGGAAGAAGGCAGGAGACGAGUACUGGAAUCUCCUGACAGACCCAACUACUUACGGAAUUGUGCCGGAUGUGAACAACAUCCACCAGCGUCUUCGAAUCCUACGCCAAAGCAGGGCUUCGGGAGAGGCAGUUGAACUCCUAGACUCCUUCAUCUUGGCAAAAGAAAAGCCUUCGCCUGGAACCUUUCGGAUAGCUAUGAGUACUUGCGGACGGGACAAGAACAAUCACAAUUCCCUCAAGUAUGCAAGUCAAAUUCUCGAGACAAUGAAAACUACACUUGAAGAUGCGGAUGCCAAAACUGUCACCAUGUAUGCCAAACUCGCAAUCGAUUUCCCCUUAGCAAAGGGAACCGAUCUCCUGGAGGCACUCGCCCGCCUUAACCCCAUUGUCAGGGAUCUCAGGUUACAGCUAGGCAUCGGGCGAGAAAGAAAAGAUGGCCUGGGGGUUCGCGCAACGCUGUUAACUGGUCAGGGUAGAGAGGACGCCAUUGAAGCUUUGAAAAAGAUUCACGGCUUGUUUGACAGACUCAUCAACUCGAACAUGAUUGCCGAAGAGCAGAAACGAUCUCUCAGGAUUGAGAAAGCUAGACUGAGUGCUUAUCUCAACAAACUUAUUUUUAAGAGCAGCAGUAGACAGGACAUGAAACCAGAUAUAGGGGAUGAUGAGGUAGCUCCAGAUUUCAAAGAUACGAAGGACGAUGGGGACAAGGAAAGAGGGGGUUUCAAGGGUCUUAUUAAUGGAACUGGAGCCUGGCGGAAGCGAAACGCUUUGCCUGAAGGUCAACGCAAGCCGUGGUUUUCUCCUGCAGAGAGGAGUACGGCUUAGUUCAACCUUCGGUCGGCCAUAAAGCAAGAAAUAAAGUACGAUAGGUUUCAGUGUGACGUUCAACUACCCCGGAAUGGCGUUAUCUAAAUAUGGAGAUCAUGGCAUAUGCCUGUAUCAAAAUGGUUUGUAUUACAUCUUAGACCACCAAGUGUCUAUUCUAGGGAUUUCCUCCGCAGUCGACCCGAGGCUCGUUCUCACUUUACC